CUAGGGAGAGAUGAGCUCCCGAAUGGGGACAUGGGCUGAGCUUGCCUUGGGGGGUAUUGGGGUUGGGGAAAGGAGCAGAAUGAAGGCUUCGAAGUGAGCCACAGGGGAGCAGACCAGAUGGAGAACAGCCUGGGGAGGAAAGGAGUUCUGUUUGGGAGGCAUUACUUCUGAGAGGCGAACUAGAGCUCUAGACCAGUGGCGGCCUUCCUGAGGUGGAGGUUCCAGGGUGUCUGAGACACUUAGACAAGACUCGCACUGAGCUCUGAAGGAUGGGGGUGGGAAGGGCACAGAGAGCUGGCACCCAGAACCAGGGCAGCAGCCGCCUUGAGCAGGAUUCCAGAGGGAGGAGGAAGAGGCGGGGAUUGACAGGAAGCGGAGGCAGCUUCCUCCUGAGGCUCUGGGCUGUGACUGUUGGAAGCUGCUCUGGGGAGGGGGUUAGGAAUCAGGAUGUCCUCAUACUUCCUCACCUGCCAUCACCCCAGGCGGCUCCUGGAUGAAAUUCUUCGGAUGUCACUGCUUGGGAGGCCCCCUAGGUGCCUGUGGAGGCAUGUGGGAAGGCAGCAUGUGGUUCCCAGUCCUGAGAGGAGUGAAAGGUCCAAGGACAAAACUGAGUCCCAGGGGGAGGCUUGGGGUACUGGCUGAGACCACUCUAGUUGCAUCCUGUGUGUUUAUAACAAGCCCCUGUCCUUGCUCUUGCCCGGGCGUCCUGCCUCCUGACCCCUGUAAUUACACUGCUUCCCCACGCAUGGUUGGCUCCCAUUUCUUGGCUUCCCGUGGCUUCAAGGGAUGAAAGGUGGACGUCCUUGUGAUUACAGAGAUGACAGGCACCUAGACUCAGUUUACCCCCAACUUCGGGGGCCAGGAGACAGCCAUGAUGCUCACCUGGAAGCUGCUGGGGAUCCUGGUCCUUUACCUGUGUGCCGGAGGCAUCUCAGGCAGUGGAGAGCACCCCCCUCCCCCACCCACAGAGGCUGGAGAGGAGGAGGGCUCCCCAACAUUGCCUCAGGGGCCCCCAAUCCCUGGUGAUCCCUGGCCAGGAGCACCCCCUCUCUUUGAGGACCCUCCACCUCCAGGCCCCAGUCGUCCCUCGAGAGACCUGCCAGAAUCUGGAGUCUGGCCUCCUGAGCCCUCGAGAACCGAUCCUCCUCAACCUCCCCGGCCUGAUGACCCCUGGCCAGCAGGACCCCAGCCUCCAGAAAACCCCUGGCCUCCUGCCCCUGAAGUGGACCAUGGAUCUCAAGAGGAGCCAGACCUUGACCCACCGCAGGAAGAGUACAGAUAAAGGGAUUCCCCCACAGAUAUCUUGGGCCUCCAGGCAGAGUGCCCCUCAAGCCCAUUUGUACCAUUCUGAUUCCUCUUCAAUUUUUGCAUCAGCCUCAAUUUCCUUCCUCAUUCCUUCAAUUUUAUGCUGAACUCUGAAAGUGUCAUUCUCAAUAUUUUCUGUCCAUUCUUGAGAUCCACUCCACAUUUUUCCUCCCUUUUUCUCUGACAGCUAAAGCAUACAACCCUACCUCAUGUCCUGUCCUCUCCCCUCUACCUGCUUCCCACCUCCUCCCUUUUCCCCACCCCUGGGGCUUCUGGGGCCAGGCUUGCAGCGCCUUUUUCUCUGCUGCCAUCUGGUGGCCUACAGCUGGGAACUAUCCGGAGACCAUGACAGUACUUCCCAUGAAAUGGAAAAAUAAAAUCCAUGUUUUCUUAAUUUUGA